AUGCAAGCUUUUGUUCCCAGUUUUUAUCUGACACCAAUUAAAGAUGAGGAAGCAGAAUCUCAGAGGAAAGCGAAGUCCCGUCAUGCCAGACAAACUCGCCGGUCAACACAGGGUGUGACUCUUGCAGACCUGAAAGAGGCUCAGAGGACCUGCAGCAUGUCUCAUCAAGACAGAGAGGAGGAAGGAGGUGCUGUCGGAGACAGGACCUGUGUGAGGAGAGGCCUUACAGAUGACAGCAGAGAACAGGACGGCCUUACAGAGCCCACAAAAACAACCAAGCUCGUUCUGAAAAGGAACAAAAAGGACGAGGAGGGGAACAUCGAGAGCACGUUAGAAGCUCUUUCUGGAUCUCCUGACCUGUCUUAUUUAACCAUAUCUGGAUCCUGUGAUUUCCUUAAUAAAAACUUCUUCAAAGUGGACAGUUUUAGCUCCCUGUGGUUCGUCUGCUCUCUGGCUGGCUGCCACACUGAGCUGCCAAAAGUUGGAGUGAGCAGGGAGAAGCAGGAGGCCGGGGUCUGA